AUGCUUCCACUGGACAUGCGUCCAUUCGGCGGGGAAAUUUGGAAGUUUCUGCUGUUCCUGAGCAGUUGUACGAGAAGGAAUGAUCCUUUCGAACCGGUUCAGGAACCCCGGGAUACCGAGGACGAAAGCUGACAGCUCCAACUGAAGGUGCCGACUUUUCGCGGAAGAUUCGAACUCGUCAACCGUCAGAGACGAACAACGCGUUUGGCGUUGCAGACGGGAGGUUUGUCCCUCCUGGGUUCCUGUUGGAUUUGCCGGUGAUUGGAAGAGAUGCGGAGUCGGGCUUGAGCGGAGCGGAGGCGCUGCCGUGCGGGCUCACAUCGCUUCCGUUAGCAUGGCGGCGAGAACCACGCCACUGAGAUGCUUCCGCGACGAUCACUUCCAAGAAAAAUUUAACGACGAAAAUGUGGUAACAGUAACUUCGGUGGAACAGAUGGCUGUAGAAUCGAAUGUCGAAGAGGCCUACAAUGCCUUCAGAAAUGAUUGGCGUAUGCUGCAGCCUAUCCUACAAAGGGAGAAACAUUUUCAGUACUUGAAGAAAGGUCUGAGGCACCUCUCUGAGUCAUAUUCGUGUUUGGAUGCCAGCCGACCUUGGCUCUGUUACUGGAUCUUGCACAGCUUGGAGCUUCUGAGUGAGCCACUUGAUGAAGGCACAGCUUCCCACAUUUGUCAAUUCUUGGCACGAUGUCAAAGUCCAAAUGGUGGAUUUGGUGGUGGACCAGGCCAAGAGCCACAUCUUGCUCCAACAUAUGCUGCUGUGAAUGCACUCUGUAUAAUAGGCACAGAAGAGUCAUAUGGCGUUAUUAACAGGGAAAAGUUACUAGAAUUUCUGUACUCUGUGAAGCAGCCAAAUGGAUCCUUUACUAUGCAUGUGAGUGGAGAAGUUGAUGUCAGGAGUGCCUACUGUGCGGCAUCUGUUGCAUCCUUAACAAACAUAAUCACGCCUACAUUGUUUGAGGGGACACCUGAGUGGAUUAUAAGGUGUCAGAACUGGGAGGGUGGGAUAGGUGGUGUCCCUGGAAUGGAAGCCCAUGGAGGGUACACAUUCUGUGGUAUGGCUGCCAUGGUCAUCCUUAAAAAGGAAUGGAUGUUGGAUCUCAGAGCUUUGUUGCGCUGGGUGACAAGUCGGCAAAUGCGCUUUGAGGGUGGAUUUCAAGGUCGGUGCAACAAGUUGGUGGAUGGUUGUUACUCAUUCUGGCAGGCUGGACUCUUGCCACUUCUGCACCGUGCACUACAUGCAGAGGGAAAAGAUGCUCUCAGUAUGACACACUGGAUGUUUCAUCAAGAAGCACUUCAAGAGUACAUCCUACUCUGUUGUCAGAAUUCCACUGGAGGAUUGUUGGAUAAACCUGGCAAAUCAAGGGAUUUUUAUCAUACCUGCUAUUGUCUAAGUGGACUUUCAGUGGCACAGCACUUUGGUGGUGGAGAACUUCUGCAUGAAGUUAUUGUGGGUGACAAAAACAAUCGGCUGGAACCAACGCAUCCUGUGUACAACAUUGGUCCUGAAAAAGUAGCACAAGCUAUAAUGCACUUCCUCAAGUUACCAAUUCCACAGAUGAAGAAUAAUUCUAAAUAAAUUCACUAUGCAUUAAAAAUAAUUAAAUUUCCAAAUACUAAUUGUGUAUCCCAAAUCCAAAGAAUUAUGUUUUUCAAAGUAAAAUGUUCAACUUGGAGCACAUUCUAAUACGAAGCUUCUCGCUUCUUGCAACAACAGGGAUAAAAGCCAUUGGAACUGCAUAUAGUAUGGCUAACUAGUCCAGUUUACAUUCAGGCAACUUGCUCCUGAGAACUGAAAUGUCAGAGACUGUUAUCUGUAAAUGAUCCUAUUUUCAUGAGGGCAUCUCUCAGAAAAGUGAAUAGUAUAAGUGCAACUUACAGCACUGUGCUUUUCACUGGCUUCAGAAAUAAUUUAUCACUGUUGCAAUAAAGUUUUUCAAGCUUUCCACUUUGUCUGAAUUUUCACUAUUUUGGAACAGUCCUUUGUGCUUGCUUUGUUUUAAAAAUGGCUCGUAUUAUAUGCAGAAUAACAAGAAAAUAAUGUUAUGUUGAGCAGUAUGUUAUAGCAACAUAAUUUUUGGAUGGGUUUAAUUGAGAGAAUAAUCAGUAACAAGACGUUUAUCAUAUACAGAAAUCAUGCCAGGAACGGCAAAGCAAACAAAUUACAUAAGUUCUCCACCAUCAAAAAAGCUUUUUUCAAAACCUUUCCAUGUUGUGGGGGUGACCUAGCACUAUUUAGGAGUUAAAGCAUGCGAGGCUAUUUGUGGGACAAAGAUGAGAUGGAAGCUUGCUGACUGCUUGAUUGUAUUGUCUGGCAUGGUUCAUGUAACUCCUCAUAUAAAAAGAACUGUAAAACAGGAAGUCUAAAGGCUUCAGAGAAGAGCGAUCAACAGUCCUAAUUUUGAAGCAGCUGUAGUUACUGGAUGUAGAUGUAAAUAUAAUGAUGUAGAUAUAAAGAUGUAGGUAUAACUCAGUCAGUGGGAAAAACAAACCAUUCCAAUUAUGGCUGGAAUAAUCUCUGUUGUCCCAUGGAAAGGAAAUUCAUUGUGAGGGCUAUGUUUUUACAAUUAUAAUAUUUCCCCCUCUUCAUUACUGAUUGUGAAAUCGCAUUAACCUGUACAUCAUCACUGCAUCUUCUCUUUUGGCAGAUGUAGUAAUUACAACACUCAGGUCUUCUGUCUAUUAAAUUUAUUUCGAACAGUUUGAUUGCAGGUAUAAGUAUUAAACUCCCUUUAUCACUGUGGCCAUAUGACAACUUUAACUGGAUAUUAAGUUGACUUUAAAAAUGAGCAAGUGCUCUCUGAAAUGUGUCUGAAAAUUGAGAAAUGCAAAAUCAUGCUUGGUUAGCUUGCCAUCAAAAUUAAACUUCCUGCAAACAAUAAGUGAUCUAUGUAUUUUUUUUAAAAAGGGAUUAGAACUGAGAUUGUUUAACUAUGGAAAUUGAAUUUUUAAAUGGAUUAUUUUGAACAAGUGUUUAUCUGUGAAUGCUGUGGCUUUCUUUCAAACCCAUCUUGUGAACUUGUUUGUUGGAGCACAAAGUUGUAACUUUUAUACCUUGGUUACUUAAAAGAAAAUGUACCUUUUUUUAUUUUGAAUUUCUAAUUAUGUUUGCAAAGGGUUUAUGUCUUGAUAAUUAUCAAGGUUGAACCUGCAGUGUCAAAAUAACAUAAAUCACAAUUCGAUAUUUGUAUGUGAUCACCAAAACUUUGUGCACUGGAUGAAAGUACGGAAUAGAAGCAGGAGUAGACCAUUCAGCCCUUCAUACCAACCCCACCAUCCAUUAAGAUCAUGGAGGGUAUUUUCCCUCAGCACAACUUCCCAGUACUAUCCCUGCUUUCCUUGAUUCCCGUAAUAUACAAAAAUCUAUAGAUCUGUGUAUAUACUAAGUGACUGAGCCUCCAAAGUCCUAUUGGGUGGAGAAUUCCAUGUGUUCAUCUGCUUCUGGGUAAAGAGAUUUCUUUUUAACUAUUUGCCCUCCUAAUUGCUAGCAUGUUUCCUUGCCCACUCACUUACAAUGUCUACAUCCACAUGAAGUCCCCCUGCAUCCUCUUAACAAUUCACCCUGCCACCCAGGUUUUUGUUAUCAGCAAACAUAGAUAUAUUGCACCUGAUCCCUUCAUCCAUAUCAUUGAUAUAGAUAGCUAAGAGCUGGGAUCCCAGCACUGAUCUCUGCAACAGCCUGCUGGCCAUAGCUUGUCGGCCUGAGAAAAGCUAUCAGUGUAUUCCUAUUGUUUUCUAUCUGUCAAAUAAUCCUCAGUCCAUGUCAUAAUAUACUUGCAAUCCCAUACACUUUAGUUUUAUUUCGUAAUCUUUUCUAUGAUACCUUACUGAAGUCCACAAAGUUCAAAUACAUCACAUUCACUGGUCUCCCCUUCUCUACGCUGCAAGUUACAAACUCGAACUGUAUCAGAUUUGUCAAACAUAAUUUCUCCUGCAUAAAAACUAUGUUGACUCUACCCAAUGUUUCAUUUUCUUAGUACCCUGUUAUCACUUCCUUAAUAAUAGAUUCCAUUUUUUUUUUCUUUUAUUGAUGCAAAGCUAACUGAUGUAUGUUCACUACUUUUCUCUCUGUUUCCUUUCUUAAAUAAUGGGACCACAUUUGCUGCAUUUCCACCUGUGGGAACCUCUAUAGAAUCUGUAGAACUGGAAGAUGACAGCCAGUGCAUCCAUCAUUUCCAUCACCAUUUCUUUCAGACCUUGGGAUAUAGUUCAUCAGGUCCUGGGGAUUUAUCAACUCUAUUUUUUGUUAACUUUUCAGGUUUUGGGCAUCACUGGUCAUUAUUUCUGACCAUCCCUGAUUGCCCUUGAUGGGGGUGAGCUAUCAUCUUGACAUGCUGCAGUCGUACUGGUGAAGGGAUUCCCACACUUUGCUAUAAUUUGCCAUCGUACUUUUGGCUUGUGCUGUGUAGAUGGUGGAAAGGCUUUGGGGUUGUCAGGAGAUGAGUAAUUUACUACAGAUCGAUGACCUGCACUUAUGGACGUGGUAUUUAUUUGGACGAUCCAGUUGAAGUCUGGUCAAUAGUGAACCCAUUGUUAGUGGGGGUCUCUGCAGAGAUCAUGCCAUUGAAUGUCAGAUAUAAUUGGAUGGACUCUAUUGUUGGAGAUGAUCAUUGUCUGACACUUCUGUAGCAUGACUUUUUUUUGCUAUUCAUCAGCCCGUGCCUGAAUGUUGUCUGAGUCUUGCUGUAUGCAGGCGUGGGAUGUCUCAGUUGCUGCAGAACUGUGAAUGGAAUUGAACGUUCUCAUCAGUAAACAUCGCCACCUUUUGACCUUGCAAUGGGAGGGAGGCAACUGUUGAAGCUGCUGAAGAUGAUUGGGCCUAUAGGAUCCUACACUGAGGAACCCUUGCAGCAAAGUUCUGAAGCUUGGGAUGUUUGACUGUUAACUAUGACCAGCUUGUUUUGUGCAAGGGAUCACUCCAACCCUUUGAUACCCAUUGACCAAUGCUUCUAAAUGCCACCUUCAAUUAACUGCUGUAUUGAUGUCAUGGACAGAAGCACCCACCUCACCUUGGGGUUGAGACUGAAAUUGAGUGUGCCUGGCAAAACCCAAACUGGGCAUGAGUAAGUACUGUUUGAUAACACAGCACAGCAUCCAUCACUUGAUGUUGAUAUCUUCCAUCACUUUGCCCAAUGGCUGAGAGCAGAUUGGGUUGUUUUUAGCCCAAUUGUAUUUCUCCUGCUUACUGUGACUGGAGAUAUGUGAGCAGUUUUCCACACUGUCAGAUGGAUGCCAAUGCAGCAAUUGUGAUAGGACAGUUUGGCCUAUUAAUUUCUCCAAUAUGUUUUACAAACCCCUUUUUUCUAGUUAAUCCAGAGAUAAUUAAUGCAAGGUGUACAUUUAAACGCAAAGUUUCACCCGCUGCUAACCCUGGAUUAUUUUGGUAAAACUUUAUUAUGUCAUCUUCUGCUCUGCACUGUCCUGUAGUUAAGAUGAAUUUUUUUUUCUGAUGUCGGAAAUGUAACAUGGGGAUCUAUGAUUAAAAACAGAAAACGCUGGAAACUCUCAGCAAAUCAGGCCACAUCUAUGGAGGAAGAAGCAGAGUGGAUGUGUUUCAGGCCAAUCAUGUUUUUUUUUAGUUCUGAAUAGUUCUCAUGAAAGGUCACCAGCCUGAAAAGUUGGCCGUUUACCUCCAUGGGUGCUACCUGACCUGCUGUGUGUGUCCAGCAUUUUCCAUCUCAGAUUACCAACAUCUGCAGCAUUGCACUUUUUGUUUUUUUUUAGAUUUAUAGUUUGUGCAGUUCAAUAAUACAUCAUUAAAUUCUUUCAAUUUUCAGCAAAAAAAAUUGUUUGAACUGCUGUUAACAAGCUUAAUAAAUUGUAUUUGUCCAAAUUAUUACUGUGUAAGAUAAUGAUUUUUACUUGGAAUUAAUUUGGAAAUGCUACUCUGUUGAAUAAACAAUUAAAAAUUC